CACGUGUAAGUAAAAUAUCAAACAAGCACACCAACCAAAUGAACCACACAGGGCGCAGGAAGAAGAUGAUGCCCAGAUGCUCUGUUCAAUCGACCGACGCUCAGCUCUUCCAGAGCAUAAAUGGCCUCCAACAGCUUGCCGAAACGCACCGUUUCAAGGCCUGGUUUUUGGAUCAGUUUGGAGUUCUCCAUGAUGGGAAGCAACCUUACCCUGGUGCAAUUUCAACAUUGAAGAAGCUAGCAAGCAGUGGUGCAAAGAUGGUUAUUAUAAGUAAUUCAUCAAGACGCUCGUCUACAACCAUGGAUAAAUUGAAAAGCCUGGGGUUCGAUCCUUCUCUUUUUGUAGGAGCCAUCACUAGCGGAGAAUUGACACAUCAAAACUUACUAAGGAGAGAUGAUGCUUGGUUCGCUGCACUGGGAAAAUCUUGUAUUCAUAUGACUUGGAGUGCUCGUGGUUCCGUAUCUCUUGAGGGCCUGGGAUUACAAGUUGUGGAGAAUGUUCAAGACGCCGAAUUUAUUUUGGCCCAUGGCUCUGAAGCCUUGGGGAGUCCUUCUGGUGAUGCGAUUCCAAUGAAACUUGAGGAACUUGAAAGUAUAUUGGAACAAUGUGCUGCUAAACACAUCCCUAUGGUGGUAGCAAAUCCAGAUUUUGUGACUGUUGAGGCUAGAGCUUUGCGUGUAAUGCCUGGGACUUUGGCUUCCAAGUAUGAAAAGCUCGGCGGUGAAGUGAAAUGGAUGGGCAAGCCUGAUAAGAUCAUCUACAAAUCAGCUAUGGACUUAGCUGGUGUAGAGCCUGCUGAAUCUAUCGCAGUUGGCGAUUCUCUUCACCACGACAUCAAGGGUGCAAAUGCAGCUGCAAUCCAAUCAGUUUUUGUCACCUGUGGGAUCCAUGGAAAUGAACUUGGACUCAAUAGUUUCGCGGACGUUGCAGAUUUAUCUUCUGUGCAAGCUCUUGCUUCCAAAUACGAUGCAUACCCGUCAUACGUGUUACCUGCAUUCACAUGGUAGAACUAGAAUCCCAUUGUAAACAUUAAUUAACACUAGUUUCCUAUCACAUUACAAUUUUUUUACAGAUGGAUCAUCUGUACUUGCGUUUAUCGAUGUUUGAGACCUUGAACCAUUUGAGUUUUUGACCUGUUUUGGAUGAGUGAAGAUCAAGGAUUUAGAUUCAUAAA